AUGCCGACAAUCUCCCUAGCUCAGGUGGCUGAACAUAACAAGCCGGACGAUGUCUGGUUCGUCGUUCACAACAAGGUCUACGAUGUGACCAAGUACCUCGAAGAGCACCCUGGUGGUAGUGUCAUUCUGCAAGAGGUGGCCGGAAAAGAUGCGACACAGGAAUUCGAAGACGUUGGACACUCUGAUGAAGCCAAUGAACAUCUUGAAGGUCUAUACAUUGGUGACCUGCCGGAAGAGGAACUUGCCGAGGAAGUCGAAGUAUACCGUCCCACAUUCGAGCAGGUAUCACAAGAGACCGAUAUUGUAUCGACGCGCAAGUCUGGAGGUGCCCUCGCGACAGUUGGAAAGCUUGGAAUCACAGGAGCUCUUGGUGCCGCCGCUUGGGUAGCACUCCAGAAAAGGGCACCGCACAUUGACUGGACUCCUAUCCUCCGUCAGAUUCAGUUCUCUGCACCAAAGUCGAAUGGGAACAUGUGGGUGGGCAUCGCAGUAGCGACUGCUGUGCAAGCGUCGGCGUCGCUUGGACUUGUCGCCUACCUCUGGUCCAAGAUGGACAUUCACAGCGGUCUCUCUCGCUUCAAGCCGCGCCGGGCCGCGCGCCCCGACAGAUACGUCGUGGUCCGCCGCAAGCCUGCAGGCUCUGCAGCAAUCACACCCUCUCGGGCCGUGUCGAAUGUGCUGGACGCCAAGCAGUACCGCCCCUUUAAGCUCGUGCGCAAGACACUCGUCGCCCCCGGCGUGUACCGCCUCAUAUUUGCCCUGCCGUACCCCGACGCCGUCCUCGGCCUGCCUACCGGACAGCACAUUGCCCUCCAGGCCACCAUCAAUGGCAAGAACGUCUCGAGGUCGUACACGCCCAUCUCAAACAAUAGCGACCUCGGGCGUAUCGAGCUUCUGAUCAAGGUGUAUGCCCAGGGUCUCAUGACCCAGCACUUGGCCCACAUGAAGAUUGGCGAGACCAUUGAUAUUAGAGGUCCCAAGGGCUCGAUGCAGUACUCGACCGCCUACGCCAAGCGGAUAGGCAUGAUUGCCGGUGGUUCGGGAAUCACUCCCAUGUACCAGCUCAUCCGCGCCAUCUGCGAAGACGAGUCCGACACGACCCAGAUCGACCUGCUCUACGCCAACAACACCGAGGAGGACAUCCUGAUGCGAGAGGAGCUCGAGGGCUUUGCGGCGCAGUGCCCCGACAAGUUCAAGAUCCAGUACGUGCUGGCGCGGCCACCCUCGGAGUGGCAGGGCGAGUCGGGCUUUGUCAGCAAGGACAUGAUUGAAAAGUACCUGCCCAAGGCCGACCCAGACUCCAAGGUGCUGCUCUGCGGACCCCCGCCCAUGAUUGAGGCUACCAAGAAGAACCUCGCCGCUCUUGGCUUUGCUGCCCCUGGCGCCAUCUCCAAGGCCGUGGACCAGGUCUUCCUGUUCUAA